GAAGCUUGUACAAAUAAUCGUCAUGUUUUCACGUAUUCGGGGAUUUUUAAGUCGCCACAGGCGUAAAUUUAUAGUCGGAAGUAUCGUCAUCGGCGGCAUCGUUUUUUUAACACGGUAUACGCAGCGCAAGCUAAGAGAGUACCAAGAAAACGAAAUAAAGAUACUGAUGGAAACAACAAAGAAGCGACAAUAUUUUGAGAGCACGGAAAGAACAUGUAAUCAAACAAUAUUAUCUCUUGCUGCGACACUAAGAAACUCCAUAAUCAAAGAAACCGAUACGGAAGCUAUUAUUAGUCAGCUAAAGGACGGUUCUGCUGAUAAAAUAGCAUCGUGGAAUCAACUAAAAGUCUUAGCCGUUACGCGAUCGGCUGUAAUAAUUUAUUCCUACACAAUGCUAGUUACAUUUCUUAGAAUUCAAUUGAAUCUAAUCAGCGGAUACAUGUACAAAAGUGUACAAAGCAGCACAGAGACCGAUAUCCAGAGUGAGGUGCAAGCAAAAUAUUUGGAACACUCUAGUUACUUUAUUUACGAAAGUGUCAAAGAAUUAACCGAUUUCAUCAAAAGUAAAGUUGACGAAGUAAUAGCUUCGUGGUCUCUAUUAAAGCAGUUAACAUGGAGAGAUCUGGAGCAAAUGUAUUGGGCAAUUAUAUCUUCUAUAUCUGCUGAUAGCGCGAGAAACCCUGUUAAAAAGCUUACACGAUACAUGUUGCACGAUACAAAUGAGUCGUUGAGUCUCUCACGAGUUCCUGCCGAGUCGUCGGUUUAUGCAAAUUUAAUUAUUCAAACAAUAGAUAUAUCGGAGAGUGAAGAAGUGCAGGAUUUAAUGCAAAAAUGUAUUAGAAGCGGAUUUGUUUUAUUCGUUGAUCAUUUAGCCACGUACUUCGAUGGUGCUUUGAAAGCCAAUGUUAGAUGCACUCAACAAGAUGCGAUGCUUUCUUCAGUGUCAGUCUCUUCAGGAGAAACUGGCAUCGAAAGUCUAGCUUCGACAAGCUCGAACAAACCGACUGCAAACGGGUUGAUCGAAUUCGUAGACACUAGCAAAACUACUAUGGCUUUGGCUAAGAUCAUUCCUAUUUUAAACGGACAGAUCCCGGAUAACCCACUGGUGAAGGAUUUAGCGGCAGACUGGCUUCAACGAUUAGUGUUAAAUGACGAUCUCAAAACACUUGGGGCGAAUAUCUACGAAGCAGUUAGUCAACAAUGAAAGUUAAAACAUUACA